AUGUUUCAAAGAAAAGCUUCUUCAGUUUGUUUUUUUAAUAAGUAUCACAAGACUAAACAUGGAUAUGAUAUUUUGUUUUCAUCGAAUGUUUCAAUUUAUAAAAAAGCAUUAAUAGGAUAUUCCUCUAUAAAUAAUCCUCAUCAUAAUAAUAAUAAUCACCAUAAUAAUAAUAGUAGGUAUAGAAAAAUUAUUGUUAUUCCUUUUAAUGAUAAGGAUAUGAAAUUAGAAUAUAAAAAAAUACCAUUUGAUAAAAAUGACUUAGACAAGAAAAGUAAAAAGGAAUUAUUGAAUAUUUAUAAACAUAUUAGAAUAAAAGAUGAACUGAAUAAAUUACCACAUGAUUUUUUAGAUAACUUAUUUGAAUGCACUAAAAAAUAUGUUGGUUGUCUAUUACCAUAUGAAUUUGUAAGUAUUUAUAAAACACUAAAAAUUAUAAAAAAGAAUAAUAAAGAUUUAAAUUUAUUAUUACAUCAACAAAUGAAAAGAAUAUAUGAAAAUUUUGAUAUUACAAGUAUUAGUAAAUUAUUUCAAUUAUAUAAUUUUAGUAGAUCAAAACCAACAUUUCUAAUUAAAAUAUUAUCUCGAACAUUUUUAAAGAAUAUGAAUAAUGAAAAUAUAAAACCUUGGAAUAUUAGAGAAUUAAUAUCUAUAUAUUGUUAUCUUAAAAUUUAUGAUGAAGAAUUGAUUGAUUCUAUUUAUAAAAAAUGUAUUCCUAUUUUUUCAAAAUAUAUUUUGAAUUAUGAACCAAAAGAUGUUACCAUUAUUUUUUAUUGUUUAAUAAAAAUGAAUAAACAUAAUACUAUUCUAUCUAAUGUUGUGACGAAACAUGUGAUUUUGAAUAUUGAUUCUUAUGAAUUUCAUCAGGUAGCCAUUGUACUAAAUACAUUUGCCAAAGUAGGUGUAAAAAAUAAUAAACUCUGUAAGGUUAUAAGUGAUAAAAUUAAAAGGAAGCUACAACCAGAUAAAUACACACAUUUAGAAAAUAAUAUUAUGACAAGAAGAGAAGGAAAUAAUAAAUAUUUAUACAACAGUGAAGAAAAAAAAAAAAAAAAAUCCCUUAACCCUUACAAUGUUGAGAAUUUGAAUGGGGCUACAAAUAAUGAUUACUCAGGUAAUGAAAAUGAUAAGAAAGGAGAAGUAAAUAGAUUUGAGGAGCUAGAUAGAGGCAAUAAAGAAACUAAUGAAAUUAUUUCAAUUGAUAAAAUUGAUUCAACUGAUAAAAAUGUUUCGGUUGAUAAAAUUAUUUCAAUUGACAAUAGUGAAAAUAAAAAAUCAAUACUAACAAAACAAAUAUUAGAACCAAAAGAUGUUUCUAUAAUAUUAAACUCCUUGAUAAGAUUAGAAUAUUAUGAUAAUCAAUUAUUUCAUUGUUUAAUUCCAUAUAUAAUAAAUAAUGUAUCCAAAUUUUCUGUUCAAUCAUUAAGCAAUAUUGUUCAUUCGUUUUCUCAAAUACAAAUAUAUCACGAAAUAUUAUUUGACAAUAUAAUUAAAGAAUGUAUUAAAAAAAUCCAUAAAUUUAAAAAUAUAGAAAUGAGUAAUUUGGCUAACUCACUUGUACGUUUAAAUAGAAAAGAUAAAAUAUUAUUUACAUAUAUUAUUGAUGAAUUUUUAUAUCGUGCAACUAUAGGUUCUAAAUUUUUAAACUAUCAUUUUGAUAUAAUAUCCUUACAACAAUUGGCAUAUUCAUUUAGUAAGGUAGGUUUAAAAGACGAUAAAAUUUAUACAGUACUUUAUAGGAUGUUAAUAAAAAAAAUAAAUGAAAAGAAUAAGAUACUUAGACGGACUAAUAAAAUAAGCAACAACAAUAAAUUGAUACAAGUGGAAUGUAAUAAAAAUGGAGAUGCUAAUAAAAUUAAUAUGAACAAAAAAAAAAAAAAAAAAAAAAAUGAAAAGGAAAAUAAAAUAAAUGAAAAGGGAAAUAAAAUAAAUGAAAAGGAUAUUAUUGAAAGAAAAGAAAUAUCAAUAUAUAAUAAUAAUAGUAAUAAUAAUAAUAGUAGUAGUAGUAAUAAUAAUGUUUCUAUUAUUAAAAAUAGUUAUGAUAAUUUUGAUUUUUUUUCCUUGUGCACAUUUAUCAACUCCUAUGGGCAAGUAAAUAUUAAGAAUAAACAUUUCUGUCAUUUUAUUAGUUAUAUUAUUAGAAAGAAAAAAAAAAAUAAUGAAAUAUUAACAAACGAAUCAUUAAGUUUUAUGUUAUAUGGUUUAUUAAAAUUAAAUUUAAAAGAUAAAAAAAUAUAUCAAAUAUUAUUAAAAGAAUGUAUAGAAAAAGUCGAUACAUUAAAACCAUUUCAAAUGGUAUUGUUAUUAUAUUCCUUGAGUAAAUUAAAAAUAUAUUCUUAUAAAUUUGUUAAGAAAUGUUUACAAAUAUUAAGUAUAAAUAUUAAUAAUUUGAAUUUAUCAGAUUUGUCAUUAGUAUGUUAUUCUUUAUCAAAUUUUUUAUAUAGAGAUGUUAUAUUUUUAUAUAAAGUAAAUAAAAUAAUUCUUUUAAAUAAUUAUGAAUUCAAUCCAAAAAUUAUAUCUCAAUUAUUUAAUUCUUAUACAAAAUUAUGUUAUUAUCAUGAACCCUUUUAUGAUUUUAUAUUUAAAAAAAUUAUAAUAUAUAUACAUCACUUUGAUGAAAAGGAAUUAAGUAAUCUGGUUUAUUCCUUUAUGUAUUAUUUUCAUAUGAAAAAACUUCAUUAUGAUCAUAUCAAAAAUGAUGAUAAAGACAAAAAAAAUGACCAACCAAUUGGAUAUGUUCAAAUGGAAAGGGGCGAAAAUAAAAUUGGGACAAAUAUAAAUAAUGGUGAUAGUAAGGAUAUUAAAUAUGUAAUAAAUGUCCAAAAUAAUAAUAAAAAGCAAAACAAUGAUAAUAAAAGGCAUGAUAAAUAUUAUAACAAUAAUAAUAAUAAUAAUAAUAAUUGUUAUAUUAAUCAGGAUGCUUAUUGUCGUUACGAUCAGUCUUAUGAUACAUGUAAAAACAUAAACCAUUCGACAAAUACACAAAAUAAUAAUUCCAAUGAUAAUUCAUCAUGUAACAAUAAAGAUGAUAUAAUCCUAUAUAGAGAAGAAUUUUAUAAAAACGAAUUAAACAUAUUUUUUAAUUUAAUAUAUAUAUUAAAUGAAAAGUAUAGAACAAAAAUAUCCCUAAUAAGUAUAUAUCAAUUACAAAUUGUUGAUUUAUAUUUAAGAUCAUUUUUCAAGAAUUAUUUUUAUUUUCCUAUUUAUUUAAAAACUUUUUUUUUCAAAUGUAGAAAUAUUAAGUUAAACGUAGAUGAUUAUAUAAUAUUAUCCUCAAAAACACAUCGAAAUAUCUCUCGAUUUCUUAAUAUUGUCGGCAUAAGACAUAGAAGUGAGGUAUUGUUUGGUCCUUAUCAAUUAGAUAUUGUAAUAGAUUUUCUAGAAAAGAAAAACCCAGAUAAUUAUUUACAUUUUUUAAAAUAUCAAAACUGUAAUAAAGAUGAUAAAAGUAUAAUAUGUGAUAAUAUAUCUAAUGAUAAUUCAAACGAUUGUAAUAUUAUUUAUAAAGCCAAAAGGUUAGAAAAAGAAAAUAUUAUAAACAAUCAAGAUGGAAAAUAUAAAGUAAUUGAAAAAGUUUUAAAUAAAAAUAUUGUUAUAGAAGUUGAUGGUAUAUCUCAUUUUUAUAAAGAAAGUUUUAGUCGAACAAUUAAUUCUGUUAUUAAAGAUUAUAUUUUAAAAAAACUUGGUUGGAAUAUUAUACAUAUACCAUAUCAAGAAUGGAAUCAAUGUUUUACUUUUAAAAAAAAAGUAUUAUAUGCAAUUGAAAUUUUAAAAAAUAUUUUACAAAUAAGUAACCAGGAUAUAUCUGUAGAGAAUUUUAUUCACAUGCUAAAUGAAAAAAAUAUAUAUAAUGAAAAAAAAAUACAUCAUCAUACUUUUUUAAAAUCAAACAUGACAUAUAUGAAUGUUUCUUAUAAUAAUAACAUGGGUGGUAUAGAAAAUGAAAUACAAAUGCAUUCAAAAGGUCGAAUUGAAGACAUAUCAAAUGAACAAAUCACAAAUAAUAUGAAUAAUAAUAAUAAUAAUAAUAAUUAUAUACCUAAAUUUUAUACUGUCAGUGAAGAGAAUAUUUUUUUAAAUCAAAUAAAAAAUAAAAACACACGUCAACAAAAUAUUAUGAAGAAAAUGAGAGAAGACUCAAAAUUAAAAUAUGAUUAUAACAUAUCGUGUAAAAAAAUAAAUGAAGGUGUAAAGAUGAAUCUUAUGUAUGAUGAUAACGAACAGGACUAA